AUGUACGGCGGGUACAUGCCCCAGGGCUACUAUGACCAGCGCGGUGUGCCGACGUCGUAUCAAGCGCCGUCAGGUCCCGUAGGACCGCCUCAGUACCAGGGCUACGUGCAGACGCAGCCCCAUGGCGGUAUGAUGAAUGGGAACAUGCCAUACGAGUACUCGAACAUGCGAGGCAAGCGUAAGGCCUUGCUGAUCGGUAUCAACUAUGUGGGCACGAGUUCGCAGCUGAAUGGAUGCUGGAACGACACGCAUAACCUGGCGAACUUUAUUCAGCACCAUGCAGGCUACCAUCCGGACGAUAUGGUGAUUCUGACAGACGAGCCGUCCGACAACCCACGCACGUACCCGACGCGCGAAAACAUGGUGAAUGCGAUGCACUGGCUCGUGUCGGAUGCGCGUCCGGGCGAUGCUCUUUUUUUCCAGUUCUCUGGCCACGGUGGCCAGGAGCGUGCGGUGGAGAUGGACGAGGAGGAUGGGUACAACGAAACGAUUUUGCCGCUCGACUAUGCACAGACGGGCCAGAUUCCGGAUGACGAGCUGCAUGCGCGCCUCGUUCGGCCGCUGCCGGUCGGCUGCCGACUGACGGCGCUCUUCGACUCCUGUCACUCGGGAACGGCGCUCGAUCUCCCGUAUGUGUACGCGACCUCGGGCAACAUCAAGGAGACGAAUAUUACGAUGAACGUCGGCAAGGGCAUUCUGGGUGCCGCUAUGGACUAUGCGCGCGGCGAUAUCGGCGGUGUGGUGCGUGGCCUCUUCGAUACGUUCAAGUCAGCGACCGUCAACUCGCAUGCCGCGCAGUACACGCGCGACACGCGUUCGUCGGGUGCGGACGUGAUCAUGCUGUCGGGCUGCAAGGACAGUCAGACGAGUGCCGAUGCCGUCGAGGCUGGUAAGGCUACGGGCGCUAUGAGCUGGGCGUUCAUCACCGUACUGUCGCAGUGGCCACAGCUGUCGUACAAGCAGCUGCUCAACGCGACGCGCGACUGCCUCGCGGCCAAGUACUCCCAAAAACCCCAAAUGAGUGCGUCGCACCCCAUCGAUAUGGACCUCCUUUUCGUCAUGUAG